AUGAGCGUGAAUUGCAGCAAGAUUUUAUCCGAAAAAUUUCGAAGUAUGGGAAUGUGCGUGGCUAGAAACUGGAGUUAUUUUAUUAUGAUUCCAUUAUUCCUGUCGAUAUUACUGGCAACCGGACUUCAAAGAUGGCGCGAAAAUAACGAUUUAAAAUAUUUAUUCGCACCCCUUAACGCACGACAUUCUAAAGAAGAGGUUACCAUAGAAAAGUUGUUUCCCAUGGAUUUAUCCUCCAACGCUAACAUGGAAAGAAUGAACAGAAUCCCCUGUUUAGCCAUUGUUCUAGUUACGGCCAAGGACCAAGGAUCCGUGCUUCGAGAAGAUUUAUACGACGAGAUACUACAAUUAGACGGCAUCGUUCGAAACGUCACCGUUACGCGCGUAACAGACUUAAAAUAUAAAGAUAUAUGCGCGAAAAAUAACAUGAAAUGCUUCGAAAAUUCUAUUCUUUUAUUAAAGGAUCAAGUUAGAGGAAUGCAGAAAGGAAAUUACUCGAUAAAAUAUCCUUUGGAUAAAGAAAAGAUAUUUGAUCUUCACCUGAAUAGCUUAUUUCUGGGGGGUGUUCGAGUCGACGAGAAAAACAACGUGAUUAGUGCCAAAGCUCUAAAGCUGUUUUAUUAUUUAAACGAUAAAACGAGUUACAAUAAUGACAUCGCUUACGAAUGGCAACGCAAGUUUCUAGAUACUUUGACAAGAACUUCGUUUCGUUUCAUUCACGUGGAUAAAUACACUUCCAUUUCCGUCAAAGAAGAGCUCGGCAAGAUUAUGCACAGAAUGUUACCUCGAUUGCAAUUUGCAACAAUAGCAAUUCUAUUGUUUUCAAUAGCCACGUCUCUUCACAAUAACUGGAUCGAAAGCAAACCCUGGAUAGGACUCAUUGCACUGUUAUCUGGAGGAAUGGCUUUGGCAUCGUCUUUUGGCUUCAUCUUGUACUUGGGUGUGCCAUUCAUUGCUUCUAGCGGAUCCAUACCUUUCCUCAUAUUAGGUAAAUAUGAAUACAAUACGUACCAGUGUCUUGUAGAAUAA